GUGCGCACCAAAAAGAGGAAGAAUAUAUACUUAACCCUAAUGACAAAGAGGUAAUUCGUUUGAAAAAUUUGUAAAAAGUAGAAAGCAAAUAUAGAAAUUAAGAAUAAAAAUAAGUAGUGUCCAGCUUCGUAAUAUCGUAUUCCAAUCUAUUAGAAAUGGCUUGAAAACUUUUUCAAAUAUGGAAACUUUCGAGAAUGGAUUCGGCCCAUAUGGGUCCUUUCAGACUAUAUUGGGAAUAAAAAGCGAAAACACCUUCCAAACGAGAAGUGGCGAGCUAGAUCAAAUAAAGAAAAAUGUUACCAUAUGUCGACUGUGCCUUUUGGAAAUUAAUGAUAAUAAUUUAACUCUUUUGGAAGGAGUUAUUAAAGAUAUGUUGGAGAUUAUCCUUCCCGAAUUGAAACUCUCAAUAUGUGAUUCACCAACAAUAUGCAAUAGUUGUUUAGAAACAUUAAAGCAAUCAUAUAAUUUUAAAUCUUCGUGUCUCGAAGUCGAAGAUAAGGUUCAGGACUUUAUAGACCCGAAGACUCCAAUAUUAAUAGAUCUUAAAGCAGUAAUUUUGAAACGAAAUCAUUUGAGCUACCUUAAAGACAAUCAAAGUAUUUGUCGAACCUGCUUGAAUAUUGUGGACACAAGUUCAGUUACAAAAAUGUACAGCUUCGAAGGAGAUCCACUGAAAAAUAUGGUUGACAAAUGUUUGCCUGAAAUGGGAAUAGAAUUGACCAAAGCUCCUGUAAUUUGCCCGAUAUGCUUAGAGUUGUUGGAAGAACAAUUUCAUUUUGUGAUGCAGUGUUUAGAUUCUGAGGAAAAAAUUAAUUAUUACUGUGAAAAGAAAAACUGUUACAAGCAAAUUAACCUACAUAGUGUGUAUCUGUUUUCUAUGUGUAUCGAGGAUGAUAGUAAUAUGGAAAAACUAAAUGUAAGCGAUGGUUUUAGUAAUGAUUUUAAUGACUUGCAAAGCAAUAAUAGCGAAAGUAGAAAGAAUAGUGAUGAAAUUCGGGUUUUGGCCGCCAGUGAUAAAAAUAGUGUUUCGGAUAUUAGCAUUAAAGUGGACUCUGAAGAAAGAAAUUUAACGGAAUUGCAAGAGACAGAGACAAGUGACAACAUGGUGGAUGUGGUAAUUGCCAAUGAUGACUUGUUACAGUUAAAAUUUUCUGUGAAUGUGUCAAAUCAGCCUAAGGAUGAGAAUGAAAAGGAAACCAGUCCUCAAAAAAUUCUGGAUGAAGAAGAGGAAUCUGUGAGUGAAGAAGAUCCCGAAGAUUUUUCAUAUUAUCCAACAGGACCCAAGAAAGCGAUGAUAAAAAGAUGUAGAUACUGCAAAUUUAAAACCAAGUUUAAAUUAAAGUUAAAAACUCAUAUAUUGUCCAAGCACACGGCAAAGAAUGUUCGCCAUUUGAAUAAAUCUCAUAAGCUUGAAAACAAAGAAAGUUUGCCAAAGAACUCAAAUACACAAACUGCAAACUCUGAAUUAAAUAUAAAGCCAUUCCAAUGCCCCAAAUGUUCUAUGGCAUUUAGAUACAGUACCAACAUGGAAAAACACAUGACCAUCCACGAUGAGGCAAAUCAAAGAAAACCCAUAAUGAAUAAACCUGUUAAUCAGUGCAAUUAUGUUCAAAAGCACACCUAUAGAUACGACAGGCACAUGUUGACAAUGUACAGGUGUAAAUUGUGCCCAUAUCAGUCGAGAUUACGGAGCAACCUGGACAAGCACUCGAAAACUCAUAAAACCACUACCGAUAUCAAAAUGCACAAGUGUAAAGUUUGCAAGUUUGAGACGAUUCAGAAAGAAACUUUGGUAAGUCAUAUGAAGACCCACGAUACCCCCGAAAGUAAGAUGAGAAAGUGUUUCUUGUGCUCCUACCAAACAAAAAGGAUUGAUUACUUGAAAAAGCACGUAAAGCAGGUCCAUAAAGCUGGAUCCGGUUAAAAAUGACUGCUUUUAUUUAUUUGAUUUUUUUUUGAAAAUAUGUUGUGUAAAUGUAUUAGUUCUUAGUUUAAAUUAGGGUUUCACAGUUAAUGUAUAUACAUACGUUAAGUUUAAGGUUACUGUACUCGGUUUUAAUAUUUUGUCCACUCUACACAUCACCAACACAAAGAUGUAGUUUCUCUUUGUGUGGCCAUUAGCAUGGUUAAACAA